AUGCCUUCAGCCGUCAAAGGCAUUUUGACCAAGUUCGAGGCAUGGCUGGAGGACACCUUUGGAGGCACUGGGGGUCCAGAGCAGCCAGACGCUGCCAUCUUUGAGGGAGUCAAGACACGGCUGGAGAAGGUUGACCCAAGCUUCCAGUUUUCUCGCAGAGCAGCUGAGACCACAGUUCCAGCAGUGCCAAGUCCGAACGAGACUGUUGAGCUCUUCCUGAACCCAUGGCACCUCAGCUUUGACCCUGCCCUCUCCCUCAAGGGUAAGUCCAAGAUGGUGCACGUGCUCCGGUGUGUGCGCGACUUCCUUGAGAAACCGUACAACUCCAUCGAAAACCCCAUCCAUGUCACCUUCCCCAAGAGCAUCCAUGUGGAGGGGGGGGCCCUGCAGGACUUCAUGGUUGGCCAUGGCAUUGGCUUUGCGAAGAGCUUGGCAAUGAAGAUCUUGCUCCUGGGGGUGAACCACCUGGAGCUCAGCGACGAUGAGCUCAAAGCCUUGAGGCAGGAGCGGCAGGAUCGCUUCGCGUGCUUGCAGGACAAGUUUGCCGAGUCUGCGCGUCCCCGGCCUGACUGCAUCCAGGUCUCCAACCUCCUGCUGGUCCAGGCGCGCGCGGAUGGAAUGGACUGGGCAGAGGCUGCACCGAAGCUGGUGGCUGAGUUCAACAGCAGCUCCGAGAACGAGGUGAAACAGCUCACUGACAUGGAAAUCAGCAUAGUGAAGACGCUGCCCCUGCUGGACGCCGACACGUUCCAAGCCAUAGACUACCACUGGCAGACCAACUUGAUCAGAAAUAGCGCUCUCCCAUACAAGGUGCUGGCUGCAGAUGCCUUCUUCAACGGCUUGAAGCCCAAGACGAACCAGGACUCCGAGCUCUGGCGCAACAUCCUGGCUGUUGACAACCGGAAGAGGCAUUGGUAUGUCAAGCGCAAGGUGCAGUACUUUCUCUUCAAAGUUGCAGACGCCAAGAGGCUCAAGAAGAAGGUGAACUUGAGCCUUGGGGCCUCCAGCUUCCGCGAUCAAAAAGAUGGCGAGACUGCUUGGACGAUCGCUGCCAUCUUUUCCCACUUCCUGGGUGAGUGGCAGCACCUCCUCACAGACAAGGCUGUGGCCCGCUUGCAGGAGAGGUUCUGCCGCGGCUAUCUCGACACAGAGCUCGCUGAGAAGCACCGCAUGAUGAACCCAAAGCUCACUGCUGUGCAGUUCCGAUUUCUGGCUGACGUUGGCUUUCAGGGUGCGCUGGAUCCGGAGUGCAAGGAUGACAUGGAGGCCAAGGCCAACUCAGACCUGGAGAAAGCGGAGCUGGCAAGAGCCAAGGCCAGGCUUGCAAAGGAGCAGUCUUAUUGGGAGACGUUCCAGGCAAAGCUCAAGCUUCAGGGCCUGGGCCUGCAGCAGGAGCAGCUGGACAAGGAGCGACAGGGGCAGCGCAAGGCCAUCGAGCGCUACGCGGACACCUUUUUGCCGCUGCGUGACGUCUCUCAUGGUGGGACCUUCUCAGAGGCUGCCAUCAACAAGUUUUGCAAUGACCAGGGCCUCCCCAUGGACCCAGUGUACAAAGUGUACUGGUGCAACUGCACUGUCCUUGGGUAUGACGCGCAGGCUGGCAUGCAAGCUGCAGUCAAGGAGUACGCAGCACAGAUUGCAUCCAGCCCUGAGACAAGCUGCAUGUUGGUGGCUGCUCCGAAUUGCGGAGCGUGGGGGAAUGAGUACAACGAGGCGGCGACCAUCGAGGCCACCAACCAGACCCGGCAGAUCCUGGCUGACCCCGACUAUCGCCUGCUUGUUCGAGAAGUUCACCUUGCCUUCGACCCCGCCUCCAUCCAGAUGCAGUCCAAGCGCCCUGGGCUGCACAAGUUCUUCAUGUGCAUCUCAGACCAAAGCAGCGGCGACAAGGUGCUGAGCCACUUUGCCCAAAGCCUUCUGUGGAAGCGGCAGAUUGUGCCUGGGGCAAUCAAGGAUGCGGCAAGCGUCCCCAUGCUUGCCGUCAAAAACAUGGUGGACCCCCGCCGGAGCUUCGCCACCUGUGGUGGCAACCUGGAUGUCAGCAAGCCCGCAAGCACCGCCUUCCACGAUGCGCUCUGGGCAUCGAUGAGCUUGCCCAAGAAGGCAGUUGCUGCCUGGCUCGAUGUGUUUGCCUUUGAUCACUCACUUGCGGAGUGCCUCAUGCGCAAGGCGGACUAUGCCGGUGCGCCCAGGCAGCUCUACAUCGGCCUCAUCUGGGCCGAGAUGAACACCAGGGAGCUCAACCCCGGAGAGUCCACCUUUAAGGCCAACGCCCGGGUGUGCAAGUGGCUGAACAACCAGAUCCGCAGAAAGCUUCAAGCCUGCUGCACGGAUGGGCUGCUCAAGGUUCCGGACUGGGCCCCGCUGUCCAACUACUCCGAAGGCAGGACGGCGCCGGCUUUGCAGGACAGCGACUUCACCAUGACCUACCCGGCUGCUUCCAACUUGUUGCCGCUCAGGGCAACGUGCCUGGAGCUCCUGGAGCCCAAGCUGCAGAGUCCGGAGUCCAGAGCAGAGUGGGAGGCGGCAGUGGCAGAGCACAAUGUCAAAUGGAAUCCGUCUGGCCAGCCGCACUUGGAAGGCACCAAGCGCCGUGCUGAGUCCGAUGGAGGCGGCCCCAGGAAAAAGGCAAAGGUGGUGGACAAGGUGCCUGGCCAGCCGGAGACCUUGGAGGAGCUCAUUGCCAAGAAGGGCGCAGUUGCGGAGGUGUCCGAGGACUGCGAGCUGAGUGACCAGGGGCCUGGCUUGGCUCUGGUCUUUGGCGCCUUCAAGCUUAACGAGGAAAUUGACGCGGCCGAGAAGAAGGCGACGGUGUACCACGUCAACUUCCAAGCCGACACCGAAGAAGCUUGCUUUGUUGCAGACGGUGACAAGGGCACAGGGAAGCGCCAGUCCUUGCGCACUUACUUGUCCAGCCUGGAAGCAAGCGGCCGGGACUUGGCGAUCAUCGAGUUCGCGUGCCACACAGUCAAGGCGAAGAGCGAGAAGGACGGUGCCGGUGACACGACCGGGAGGACGUGCGACGUCACCGUGUCUGACAAGUGUGCCUUUGUGCCCGCCAAGACUCCCAGGAAGAUUGGCGCGAAGGCGUCCCCAGACUGGGAGGACGUUGGCAGUGUGCCUGUGACGGCUCAGGGUGCCAGCUGGGAUCCUGUCACGAAGAAGCACAAGACAGGGCUCUUGCAGAUUGUGAGUCGCUGGUCCUUGACGGACACUGAGCAGGGCAUCCAGUGUGUGCCGGCCAAGCCGCUCUCAGACACCGAGUCCGAGGACUGGAUGGCAGAGCCAGGGCGGCCAUUCGCGGCAGCCACAAAAGCUGCUUCAAAAGCCAGUGUGCCAAAAGGUGCGGCUUUCCCCGUUGCAGCGGAGGCCGGCGCUGUUCAGGGAAAAUCUGCCAUGGCGUGGCGGGAUUGGACGAAGCCCAAGCCAGCUGGCAGUGUGCCAGGUCCUGCCGCUUGUGCCCAAGACAAGAACCCAAAGCGCAACAAGACUGACUUGGAGAAGCAGAGUGCAGUUGCCACAGCCGUUGCCAAAAAAGGGGCAGAAGCGGCUGAGGCGGCUGUGCGGCUGGCAACUCUGGCAGCAAAGCAAAUGGCCCAGUCCCUUGCUACACCGCAGCGAGCUGCUCCCAAGGAGCGCAGUGUUGAGUUGCCCACAGUGGAGAAGCAGACCCAGCAGCCACCGCGUGACGCAGUGCAGCAGCAACAAGCCCCGGGCAGCUCCAAGGGCGAGGAUUCUGAGAAAGUCAGAGAGAGGUCCCCGGCUGGCAAGGACGAGACCGACGGGCCCAAGCCUAAGAAAGCUCGAGCAGCAUGGGGCUCAGUGGGAUGCUUCGCAGGCCGCCGCCCACCCACUGAUGAUGAAAGCAAGGAGUCCUUUGAGCUGAAGCGGAAGCUUUGGAGUGAAAGCAGAAGCGCCUUGGAGAAGAAGUACCCGGGCAAGCCUAUGAAAGGCGCGGUGACAAGGACGGCUUCGCAGGAGGCUUACUGGUUCUUCUUGCAAGGCCACAUGAAGAAGACCUUGAAAGGCAACGGCAAGAAGCCCGGUGCCAAGGCCACAAAGGACGGCGUCAGCAAGGCUAUCCAGGAAGCUUCCCGGCUCUGGAAAUCCAAAGUGGACCAGGCCAGUGCAGAGAGUCGCAGUUCGCCAGGAUCUUCCUGGCUGACGCCUGCGGCUUCAGCCGGCGCCUCCUGGCUGCAGCCGCCUGUCACGGUGGAGCCGAAGGCCAAAGUCCCCAGAUCAAGCUCCCCGCUUGAGGUCUGCAGCCAGCAGCAGGCGGCAUCUGGCAGAGCGCCGUCGUGGUUGACACCAAGCCCAGCAGGCUGUUCUAGGCCUGCGCGGAUGCCGGCCAAGCCAAUGCCAGAAGUGCACUUGACCUUGGGCAUGGUCAUUCUGGCUGGCGAGUCCCGUGAGACCGCCGCAUUGCCUUUGGCAGAAGCCCGGGCGGCUACAGCAAGCCUGCUAGCCGAACCAUGCCGAAGCACCAGCAGCAAGACAGGCGUUUGCAGCUCUUGCGAAGGUGGCUUCGAUGUGGACGAGGUGGCGCAUGUUCGGAUGAUUUUUCAGCAGUUGAAGAUUGAGGCCCGCUCACAGCUGCUCAGCACUUGCUGGAGCACUGGCAAGGACUCAGAUGCUUCAAGGGCAGCGUGGCGCUUUCUGGGCAAGAGGGUUUGUUUGCGCAGGUUGACAGCACUGCUGGGCUGCAGCGCGCGGACCUUCCAAAAAGCAACGCACGGUGGCAGUGUGGACCUGAGGCAGAACAAUGGCAGAGCGCGCGCAGACGCCAGCAUCUCAGUCGACCAGUUUUUCUUUGAGAUGUACAACAGUGCGGCUGAGCUCCUUCCAGAGGAUCCGAGCUGCCACGUGGAGGACAUUGACAACUCCAUUGAUGCUGACGAGCGCCCGGCUGCAUCAGCAGUCCCCACUUUGCAGCCUCACUCCAAGUUCCACCAAAUGCUUCCUAUUUUGGGCUGGGACCCCUCCCAAACUUUUCUGCAAGAUGUCAUGACAGCAUCCAUGGACGAGCAAGAUGGAAGCAUUGCAUCGGUCUUCGCAAGCAGUCAAUGCAGCAUUUGCUUUGAGCACUCGCAGUUCAUCCAUUAUGGCCGUGGGACCGUCCAGGACAAGUGGAACCGCGCUCAGGCGUGGCAGGCCCAUUUGCGGGAACAGUACCACGACAGGUUGAUUUACUGGCACCUGCGUUGGCAGUCACGGAGUCCGGAGUCCAGAGUCCUGACUGUGAUCAUAGAUGGCCUGGAUAAGAACAAGGGAGUGUGGCCUCAGUACACCUUUCGGAAGUCCAAAGCACUGGACAAAUUCAACAGGCCCAGGAUUGUUGUUCACCUGGCCUUGGCACACGGCUACUGCGCCGACUUCUACCUUGCUGACGACGAGAACUUCUUUCACGGGGCCUCUUUCUUCUGUGAGGUCUUGACCCGCACCCUUGCCAGAGUCCAGCGCAUGUGUGCGUCCAGAGGCCGCGCCAUGCCGGACCACCUGGUUGUUCAAGCAGACAACACGACUGCUCAGGCGAAGAAUUCUGAAGUUGUGAAGUUCCUAGCUGUCCUGGUGCUCAAGUACAAGUUUCACAGCGCGGUGCUCAACUUCUUGCAAGUCGGGCACACGCACGAAGACGUGGACUUCAUGUUCAGCUUGCUGCUGGCGCUGGUCCUGCGCAAGGUGCGCAUCAAGGUGCCGGACGACCUUCGCGUCGCAAUAUUGACUGGUAUGGCGCCAGUCACUGCUGGCAAGGGCUACGAAUUGAACUGUGAGCUGAUGACGCAUGUGCGGGAUUUCAACUCUUGGAUGCGCCCGGCGCUGGCGCACUGUUACAACUGCUUUGUGACACGCAGGGGGGUUCAGUCUCCUCACUCUUUCACGUUCAAGCUGCGCAUGGAUCUUUCCCACACGGAGCUCAGCAGCCUACAAGAGCAGGGGCUAGUGGCAUCAAGGGUAGGGCAUGCUCAUGAUGUGUUUGUGGUCGUCAAGCACUACAUGAGCAGCAAGGCGCCCAAUGGACCACCAGUUCUGCUCUUACCCACGGACCGUUUUCUGCGCCUUGCAAGUCCUGCCCCCACUGGGAGUUGCUACGCGACGCACCCCAUGAAUGAGAAGCGCAAAUCAGAUCUUCAAAAUCUCGCUGCUUUUCUGGAGAACAUGUCCAGCGCCUGGGGUGUGGAGCACUCUUACUUCCGGGCCGCGCAGGAGCUCAGGUGUCUUGCUGAUGGGAGAGAUGCGCAUCGAUCCACUGAUGGGUACCUGGAAAGCCUGCAACCCGCUCGAGAUCAGCCCCUUGCCCUCACGGACAACCCUUACUACAACAACUUGCCCGGCGCCUCGUGGCAGAUGCUCGUGAAGUUCCCCAUGACACACGUAAAGCUUUUUGGCCUCACAGUGGCCACGCUUCUUGCCUGUGCACACCUGUCCGGUGCACCCAGGGACUUAGAUGCAGUUGAAAUCUUUUCAGGUGUGGGCAGCAUCGCUGCGGCAGCCCAAUCGCAGGGGUUCGCCGCCAGACCCUUCGACAAGUACAGGGUCAUGGGCUGCACCGAUGUGGAUGGAGAGACCUCCGAAGACAUGACAGUAAAAAGCGGGUUCAUGAACGCAGUCGAGCUGGUCUUUCGGCUGCGGCUCGGUGGACUUCUGUGGCUAGCGCCGGUGUGUGCAUCCUGGAUCGGUCUCAACAUCUCACGCACACGGCGUUCAGCGGCCAACAUGUAUCACGGUGACACCACCUACCCCAAAGUUGCGCAAGGCAAUGUGAUGGCUACUGCAUGCGCCAUGCUGAUGGAACUCGCCCACAGCCGAGGGGUGGAGCUAGUUUUGGAAAAUCCCCCAUGCAGCUCCAUCUUCAACUUCCCACCCAUCGCAAGAGUGCUCCAAAUGCUGAGUCCAGAGUCCUGCGUCACACACCGCUGCGCCUUUGACCGGGGCUCGCCUGAUGGGAAAAAGCUGUGGAAGAAGUACAAGUUCGUGGGAUCGCGGCAAUGGAUCCAGCAUGUAGCUCGGCCUUGCACCUGCAAGAGCAAGAAACACAUCCACCUGACAAAGAAAUGGACAGAUUCCAGGGGCAAGGUGCGAUUCCAGGGCAGGGCCAGCUUGCUGCGAAGGUCCGCAGCCUACCCCAAAGCACUCGGAGUGCAAGUCGUGAAGGCAUGGUGUGCGGGAAGGGAAGCAGCGGCCACACCUUUUGCCGCCCGACGCCCCACGAAGCGCCCCUCGGAGCCCAGUGCCCAGAGUCAACCGGCAGUGGCCCCAAAGCGCCACACAUGGCUUCAGCCGUCAGUGAGCUCCAGGCCAAAAUCCAGUUCCCAAGCCCAGCCAAACGUUGCAGGCGACUGA